ACUUCUGUGACAGAGUUUUUCUUGCUAGGUUUCUCUAAUAUCUCUUAUGUACAGCUUAUUCUGUUUGUCGUCUUUAUAUCAGCUUACGUGGUAGCUUUAGUGGAAAACACUUAUAUACUUGCACUGCUCAGACUCUGCCCUAUACUUCACACUCCCAUGUACAACUUUUUGGUGAACCUCUUUUUGUUAGAUAUUUGUUGCAUCACGACAAUUGUUCCCCAAAUGCUGAGGAAUUUAAUGGACGAAAAUAAGUCUAUAUCCUUUAAAGGUUGCUUAAUACAGGCUUAUUUCUAUCUCAUCUUCUUGACCACUGAAUUGCUACUACUGGCUAUAACAACUUUUGAUCGCUAUGUGGCCAUAUGUCAUCCUCUGCACUAUACUGUAAUAAUGAACUGGAAACUUUGCAACUAUCUAAUGAUUGGAUCAUGGAUAGUUGGUACUCUAAAUAACAGUAUCCAUAUUCUCCCUGUUCUCCAUUUGUCAUUCUGUGGACAGUACCAUCAUCACUUGUUUUGUGAAACCCCAUUGAUCCAGCUAUCUUGUACUGAUACAACCGUCAACCAAUAUCUGAUGUUAGUAACUGAUCUUUGGGGAGUUGGCUGCUUCCUGUUGACUCUAGUUUCCUAUAUCUAUAUUGUUUCUUCCGUUCUGAAACUCCAUUCAGUGCAAGGAAAAAAGAAAGCUUUCUCCACAUGUUUCUCCCAUGUGAUGGUAGUGAUUUUGUUCUAUGGUUCAGUAAUUUACACCUAUUUUAGACCUCCUUCCAUAUAUACAGACUCAGACAAAAUUGCAGCUAUAAUAUGCACUGUGAUCACUCCUGUUCUCAAUCCCUUUAUCUAUACCCUACGGAACAAAGAAGUAAAAGAAGCACUAAAGACAUUACUGGAACUGAACACAAACUAA